GAAGCAGAUUGCCAUCAUGAGUGAGGACAAGAGUUCUCUGGAAAAAGUCCUCUCACAGCUGAAAUGCCAUUUCACAUGGAAUUUAUUUAAAGAAAAUGAUGUCCCAGAUGAUUUGGAAAGCCGUGUGCUUGAACAGAUUAACAACUUAAAUAUUGAGUUCAAAGCCACAAUGUACAACCUGUUGGCCUACAUAAAACACUGCAAAGGCCAGAACAAGGCAGCCUUGGAAUGCCUACAGCAAGCUGAAGCAUUCACCCAGCAAGCUCAUGCUCAUCAAGUAGAACUCAAAAGUCUGGUCACCUGGGGAAACUAUGCCUGGAUCUACUAUCACCUGGGAAGACUCUCAGAAGCUCAGAUGUAUGUAGACAAGGUGAAACAAGUCUGUGAGAAGUUUUCAAAUCCUUAUAGUAUCGAGUGUCCUGAGCUUGAAUGUGAGGAAGGAUGGACAUGGUUAAAGUGCAGAGAUAACCAGAAUGAAAGGGCAAAGGUCUGUUUUGAGAAGGCACUGGAAAAGAAUUCCAAUAACCCAGAAUUCUCCUCUGGACUAGCAAUCGCUAUGUACCGUCUGGAUGCAAAACCAAAAAAGCAUUUCUCUGUUGGUGCUCUGAAGCAGGCCAUUAAGCUGAAUCCUGAUAAUCAGUAUAUCAAAGUUCUCUUAGCCCUGAAACUGCUGCAAAUGAAUGAAGAAGCAGAAGGGGAACAGUUGGUUGAGAAAGUAUUGGAGAAAGCUCCUUGCCAAACAGAUGUCCUUCGUCAGGCAGCCAAUUUUUACAAAAUAAAAGGCAAUCUAGACAAAGCUAUUGAAAUCUUUCUGAAGGCAGUCAAAUUCACACCCAAUAAAGGUUAUCUAUAUUACGAGAUUGCAUGCUGCUACAGAGCAAAAAUCAAACAAGUUCAAAAUACAGGAGAAUCUGAAGUCAGUGGGAAUAAAGAGAAGAUUGAAGAACUAAGGGAAUAUGCUAAAGACUAUUUGAAUAAAGCUAUUGAGAAGGGACUAAGUCCUCUGUAUACAUAUUCUGAUCUCACUGAGCUCCUAGAAACAGAAGAAUGUUCUCAGACAGCUUUUAGUAAAGAUGUCCCUAACACAGAGAAACAAUUCCAUGAGAGCUCUUGCAAUUUUCAGAAGAAUCAUGUGAAGUCUGAAGACACUGAUGUUCAAAGAGAUUUAGUGGGUUUGCCCAUUUGCCAAAAGCCAUUUGAAAAGGAAAAUAUGAAAUGCCAACAACAGAAUAUAGUUGAAAGUCAAGUUCCAAAAUAUGCGCCAAAGUAUUGGUAUCACCAAGGAUUAAUUCACAAAGCGAACGGAGAUCUGCUGCAAGCAGCCAGGUGUUAUGAGAAGGAACUAGGAAGCCUGCUGAAGAAUAGCCCUUCAGGCAUUGACAGCUUUUUCUUGCAAAAUCUUGAGCCUGAAGAACACAGUGAGGAACUGGGUCCUAACACAGAGAGCUCCUGAUUCCAGAGCUGAAGAACAUAGGAGUGAAAGGAACAGAGCAUCAGAGAAACUUGGAAUGAUGACCAUCAGGAAGGGAGGCUCAGGAAGUCAGGCGUUGCCCAAUCUGAGUUUGCCUAUUGCUUCAAUGUACUUUUUUUUAGAGAGUUGUUUUCUUACAUCCCUCUCCCUGUCCACACUCACAACACACAGUUCUCUAGCCUGUGGUUCUUCUAUUAGAAGAAACAUGCUAUUAGUCUACAUAGCACUGAUUAGUUUUCAUUUUUCACUUAGCUUGCCUGAUACCCUCAUUUCUGUCCUUCUUGCCAAGUGACAUACUGGUGACUUUACCAACACAGUCUCACAUCCCUCACACAUCAUUAUGUAGCCUUCAAGCCCUCCUAGUGGAAUGAAUAGUUACUAACUAACGGUGGAAUAUAGCUGUCUUACUCUUGACAUUAGCCAUAUAUUGAUAUGUAUUCCUGA